AUGCUUCGACCAACAUACAGACAUGCCACCCGGCAAUUGCGCACUCCACUCCGAUCCGCGGCUCUCGGCAAACGACACUUACAUGCUCCUGUGAAGUUUGACUGGCAAGACCCAUUAAACACAAGCAACUUGUUUACAGAAGAAGAGCAAGCCAUCUCAGAAACGGCUGAAUCAUAUUGCCAGGAGCGUAUGCUUCCGAGAGUGCUAGAGGCAUAUCGCAAUGAGAACUUUGACAGAAAGAUCAUCGAAGAGAUGGGUGAGCUGGGACUGCUGGGUGCAAGCAUACAAGGCUAUGAGUGUGCCGGGGUUAGCAGCGUUGCUGCAGGCUUGAUCACCAGAGCCGUGGAGAGGGUUGACUCAGGUUAUCGUUCAGGCUACUCUGUUCAAAGUUCACUUGCUAUGGGUGGUAUUGAGGAGUUUGGAUCUGAAGAACUAAAAGGACGCCUGCUGCCAAAGAUGGCCAAGGGCCAGUUGCUUGGUUGCUUUGGCCUGACUGAGCCUAACCACGGAUCCGAUCCAGGCUCUUUGGAGACGGUUGCGAAGCCUCAUCCUACGAAGAAAGGUUACUACUCAUUGUCUGGUUCAAAGACCUGGAUUACAAACUCGCCCAUUGCCGAUGUCCUCCUUGUCUGGGCGAAGCUGCAGAGUACGGGCAAAAUCCGUGGCUUUGUCAUUGAGCGCGACCAAUGUCCACCCGGUACUCUCGAAACUCCGCCAAUCAAGAACAAGAAUGGUCUACGGGCGUCCAUCACUGGUAUGAUUCAGCUCGACGAAUGCCCCGUGUCCGAGGCAAACAUGUUUCCGGAAGUGGAGGGAUUGAAGGGUCCCUUCAGCUGUCUCAAUUCAGCCAGAUAUGGGAUUGCCUGGGGCACCAUUGGUGCUCUCGAAGACUGCAUCGCAAGGACCCGAGAGUAUGCACUAGAGAGGAAGCAGUUUAAGAAUAACCCGAUUGCCAAAUACCAGCUUGUGCAGAAGAAGCUGGCUGAUGCUACGACGGAUGCUGCGUAUGGUAUUCUGGCUGCCCAUCAAGUCGGACGCCUGAAGGACGAAGGUAAAGCUGCGCCAGAGAUGAUUUCUAUGAUCAAGAGACAGAACUGUGACCGAGCGUUGAUCAACGCGCGAACACUGCAAGAAGUGUUUGGUGGAAAUGCAGUAUCGGAUGAGUACGGAAUCGGAAGGCAUGUCGCCAACUUGUUUGUGACACAGACAUACGAAGGCCAGAGCGACAUCCACUCUUUGAUCCUCGGUCGAGCCAUUACUGGAUUACAGGCCUUCUGCUGA